UCUUUAUUUAAAAAAAAAUUAUUUCCCUCACUUUUCUCCUCAAUUUGGAAUGCCCACUUGUGUAUGUAUAUCAUACAGCUGCAGCCUCCGCUAUUGAUUCAGUAGAGUACAGACAAGUAUGUGCCCUCCUCUCAAGAGCCUGUCCCUGCCUCUGCUUCUUAUCAUGCCGUGGUUCACCAGUCAGCUCACGCGGACAGGUGGAAUUCAGACAGCCCGUUGACCAGCUAGUGGGUGUUGGGACACUGCAGUUCCAGCUGACUACAACCCUCCUGUCCCUGAUGAUGCUGGAGCCAACUGUCACCCUGUGGAACUGCUGGAGACAGAGCUCUAGGGUCUAGUUUGAGGAGAAUGGUAGAGACCAAAGGGGAGGAGCGUUAAAGAGUGUGAGACGCUGCGUCGUCCGGCUGCCAGCGGUGAUGGCACAGCUCCUCCUGCUCUCUCUUCUGGUUUUCUCCAUCCAGCGAUUAUCUGGCCAGGUGGUAGUAAGCUCCUCCUCCUCAAAUGAACCCGCCCCUGUCCCUCCCCCAGUACCGCCCCAGGCCUCACCCACAGUUACAUUGUACUCUACUGAAGUGAGCCCUGCUACAUCUUCACCGCUUGGCGGGAAUGAUGCGCCAGUCAGCGAUCCUCCUGACGGAUUGGCUGCACUCGAUGGCAGUGUAGGCCACAGAGGAAGUGAUGGGCAUUUUGGGGAUGGACGAGGUGGGGAAGAGGAGGUCAUGGAUGUGGAGGGCCGGGCAUCUCUUCCGGAGAAGGAGACACAGGUGCAGGGGAAUGCCAACAUCAGUGACCCUCAGGACACAGAGGAAACAUCUCAGGAUGUAAAGGCCUUUGUUUCUUCAUCUCCUGCCUACCCCACACCUAAGUGGGGUGUGCCCAUCACCACCACAACCCCCUCCCUGCUACACCCUGCCAGCUCCGUCAGUGGAAUGGACCAAACUCCUUCUGCCACAACUGCAGGGCUGCCUGUGACUGUAUCCACAGUGACUCCGGACCACAAACAACGAAACACUACACAGGAAGCUACUUCCUCCCCCUUGACCAAUACCAGUUCAGACCACACCCGCUCCCCUAACUUCACUGUAAGGGAGGAGGCGGGGACCUCAGGCCAGGCUACACAGAGACCAGACAGAAAGACAGAAGAACAUCAGCAGUUGGGAGGGUCCAGUGACUGGCCUGUGCCAACUGUGGCCAGAACAGAGAAUUCAACUGUCACCAUGACAACACCUGGGGAAAGACAGACCUCUGUACAGUCACAGGGCCAGACCCAAUCUGACCCUGACUCUGCCAUCAUGACCAAGGCACCUACAAGCCCAACACCGACCCAGGUUCUACAGCCCCUGCCCUCCACCCCCUCACCCAGCACACGGUCUGCUGACCUCCAGAGUACCACUUAUACGGUGACAGGAAAUGGCACGCUCACGCAGACCACUGCCAACGUACACAGGGCUGGAAAAGGUGCGGAUUCUGAUGAAAUGUCAGGCAACAGCACCUCCAAACUCCAGCGGACAGGAGGUCACACCACAACUGCGACAUCAGUGACACCCCCGAGGACCACGCCAAGCACAACCACUAAACAGGCAAAGACAGAAGAAACCCCCACCCCGAGCCCCAGCCCCCCUCUGAAGACUGGGGGCCGCUCUGGAGAGGGGUCUGUGAAGAGGAAUGUGUCGGGCUCGGUAGGACACCCCCCGUCCUCUGGCCCCACCUCCAGCCCGGCCUCCGGCCCCAGGGAGCCCUGCUCAUCUGGACCGUCCCCCUGCGUGGCCUCGGCCAGCCCUAACGGCACGGCGCUGCUGUGGGGGGACCUGCACCGCACGCUGUCCUUCGCCUGGGAACUGCACGUGUACGGCACGGCGGGGCUGUUCCUGCUGCUGGCGGCCGGGGCCCUGCUGGGGCUGCUGCUGUCCCCGGGGCUGCGCUGCCCCCACCGCGGCUGCCUGGGCCUGGCCAACGCCCUGCUGCUGCUGGCGGGGGCGCUGCGGGCCGCCCACUUCUUCAUCGACCCCUACGGCUCCAGGGAGGUGCUGCCGCACCCCGGCGUGGCCGCCCUCUACAACCUCCCGCUGGCCCUGCUCGUGUGGGCGCAGGCGGCCCUGGCACUGCUGGCGCUGCGGGGGGCGGGCCUGACGCUGCUGCCCCCCGGCCUGCAGCGCCUCCCCCUGGUCGCCGUGCUGGCGGUGCUGCACUGCACGGUGCUGCUGGCGGCCGACCUCAUGUCCCCGGCGCUGUCGCCGGCGGUGCUGGUGGUGCUGCAGAUGCUCUCGCUCUCCUGGGGCCUCGGCCUGUGCCUGGGCUUCUUCUUCUACGCCUUCCCCCGCCUGCGCCGGCCCCCGCCGCCCCCCGCCUCUGAGGAGCACGCGCCCAGGGGCGAGGGCUGGAGGGAGGCUCAGCGGGCGGGGCGGGUGCUGGGGCGGGUGCUGGCGGUGUGCGCGUGUCUGGGCGCUUUGUGCUGCGGGCUGCACGUGCACGCCACCCUCUGGCUGUACGGGCUGCUGGGGGACUGGCGGCGCUUCAGCUGGACCUGGUGGCUGGUGCAGUUCUGGGCCCGGCUGCUGGAGCUGGCCUGGGCCUUCUCUCUGCUGCUGCUGGCCUCCUGGGUGUUCUGGAGGCCCAGGGGCCGCAGGGGCGACCCGGGCCUGGCCGAGGGGCGGAUGGGGACGGACCUGCCUUCCUCCUCCUCGUCCUCCUCCUCCAUGCAGAGACACACCUGCUGGGCCAAGAUCGUGCAGAGCCUUCGGGGGCGGCCAUGCCGGAAGUCGGAGAGCAACGGCGUGGGGGGAGGUGGGGCGGGGGAGCUGCCCAACAACUGGGCCGGCCAGGAGCGCCCGGGGGCCGACAUCAGCAAGAGCCUGAUCCGGAACCGCGACCCGCCCGCUCUGUCGCGCAGCGUGAAGGACAGCAACCGCGGGCGCAACCAGAAGGGCGGCGCCAGCGGCGGCUCCGCAGGCUCCCUGCUGAGGCUGCAGUCCCUGGGCCGGCCCCCGACGCGUUCGCUCAGCUCCAGCCUGGAGCGCGCCAAGGAGUGGGCCCUGGAGAAGGAGUCCGUGCUGUCCCUCAACGACUUCGACCUGCGGCCUCCCUCCCCCAUCGACCUGAGCCGCAGCAUCGACGAGGCCCUGCACAGAGAACACUUGCUGAGGGGGGGCAGCCUCUUCAGGCCGCUGGCCUCGCCUUCCCCCCCCUCCCCGGGACCGCGCCACCUCCCCCUGUCCUCCUGGCCCCGACGCAGCAGCGAUCCGCAGAUCAACUUGUCGGACAGCUCAGGCAGCCUGGCCCCGAGGCUCACGGGCAGAACAGACGCAGAUGCUCCACUAGGGGGCAGCAUGGCUAGCAGACAAGUCACUGCACCCCCCACGCCCACUCACCUGGGCUCCAGGCUGGCUGCAGACAGCAACAGCAGCGUUCCCUCCUCCGUGUCCUGCCCCUCCUCUCUCCGACCCUCCAGGACCCCAGUCCCCCUGCUCACCGCUGGCGGGGAAGACACCAAGCCUUUCGUGACGGCAGAAGCGCCAGUUCCAGAUGUGGAAAAGGGAGCUGGAAGCAGCUUUCUGGAGGUUAGCCAUCAGGAGGACUCUACCAGCGUCAGCAGUGACAUCAUUGACCUUUGAACCCUCAGAUUUGAUGUCAUCACUGUCAUAAUUUGAUCCAAUCCAAAUUUGCCAGUCAGGGCAGGAUUUGACAAACAAAUGUGGACUCAGACAAACUAUUACAUAAAGGAAGAAAACAAAAAUACAUACAAUAAUGGAACAUCUAAUAAAAUCAUAUAAAAGUAUGAAAAAUGUAUAUAAAAGUAUGGCACAAAGACAAAAGAGGUCAGGAUAUCUAUGGGGCUAAUUUAUCACCCUUUAAACCUGACCAUUCAUCCAGCUGCAGUUUGUCUAUAUGGACAGUGGUCAAUAGGCACAGACAGCCCACCGUUGGCUUAAUGCUUUAUCUGGGUCCCAUGCCAUAGCUUCACCACAUCACACUCACUCAAGGGACACAGAUCCCAUGGACUGAAUUCAGACCCUCAAAAGCUCUGACCCACAGGCUACAGGAAACCUCUGAAUAGUCAGGAAUGGACUGCAAACUGAUUUUAUGUGCUUAAUCCAAGAGGACAUUAAUAUAUAUUUCUGCCCCUUUGAUGGAGCUGAGACCAUUUUGUAAAGUUCCUUGCAGAGGAGGAGUGUGUUUGUCCCUUCUGUAGCCUGCAUUAUUUACAUUGUAUUUUGGGUGAGAGUUGAGUGCCUGAAAUGCACUCUGAACCCGAGUAUGUGAUAUUGAUGUGUUCACCUGUACUCCUGAUAUGCUGCUUCUGUGGUCCUGUACAGAGCUGACCCAGUGCAAGGCGAUACAUAGCACUGUGCAUUCUUGGCAGCUUUACCAUGUACGGUGCGUUCACACACGCAAGUGGAAUAUUAUGCAGAUAUUUCUUUUAUUCCGUCCCAUUCCGUCCUGAUGCUUGGGGAAGAUUUAUUUGCAAGAAAGCAAAGAACCCAUACAGAAGAGGUACCACAUAUAACCACACACACACACACACACACACACACACACACUCGCAAGACCAUGCACACGCACAUGCACAGAUAGAUGUAUUUGUAUACUGUAUGAAGGACCUUGUAAUCCUUGUUUGGAUACAUGAUUUGGGUAUGUUUUAUUUUCCCAUUGAUUCAUUGAUUACUUUUGUCCUGCCAGUAUUUGAAUUGAUAGGCUUACUGUGAGUUCAAAUACUUCCUUUCAAUGUGAUGUCUAUUCAUUUAAAAUGUAUGCCAUAUGUGAUGCCACAUUUUGUUGGCAGUUGAACUAUUUCUGUAGAUGAAAAGUGAUUGGUGAUGCCAUUAUAAUUUAUGCUUAGAAUUCAAAGCCACACAUUUUCAGUACUUGUAUGCUCUGUGGUCUCAAGAUUACCCUUCUCAAAACAGCAGGACUGCAUUGCCUUUUAGUGAGAAUAUUAUGGUCCCACUUCAUAGGCUCUGAAACACUGGGAGGGAACACACAUGGACCAGAUUAACACUAGGCUAGCACAACUAUCAAACUUGAUAGUGAGGCUUGUCUUAUAAGUAGACAUAGCCUCACUGUGUUAGCAUGGCAAGGGAGGUGCUACAACAUCAACACAUCAUCAUGUUUGUCAGAGUACAUUAGAAAUUAAAGGCAGUGACUGAAAGUGUUUGUUUCCCACACAAAAUAAUCACUAUCAUGAAACAGUCUUUAAAAAGACUACUUUAAACGUUCAACAGAUAUUUGGUAUAACAUACUCAGUUUUUCUGAAUUUUCAGAAAAUUAGUGUUUUGCAUUUACAGGCAUGGUUUAUUAGCAUAAUAACAGCUAUAAGCAAUUUAGCAACGUAAUAUUUGGAAGGGGGUAAACAAGGAAAAAAGUGGACCCGUUCAAAACUGGAAGCUGUGAAACAAGAUCUGUCUUUAUCGCAGUGUAUACAAAUUCCACCAGCUAAUGACAGAAAAGGUAUUCAUUUGUUGAGAUGUACUAAGAAAAUCAACAAUGGAAAGAAAUCUCAGCUGUGUGUCUAUAAGAUUGCACAUAAAUUAAUUUCUUGUUCGACUGUUAAACAGUUGAAAAACUGAAAAACAAUUUUGAUGAGUAAUUCUGACAAUUACAAUUGCAUAUAAUGUAUUGGUAAUUAUGACAAAUGUAAGUAUUAUACUUUCAAUGCACUACAACCCAAAGUAAAUAUUUUUAAUGGUGAAAGAAAAAAAGGCAAUAAAAUAUAAGAUGAUCUAAAAUGCUGUUAUUUUUGACAAACCUGUAAGUAUUGAUAUGCUCUAAAAUGGACAAAAAAGGUACUGUGAAUGACAAUCAAGAGCCACUCCUACCCCCUGUCUUUCAUGUUUCCGUGGUUAGUUGUGGGAGGAGUGUGGAAAUAUUGACGGAUGGCCCAUCUUCAAUGCCUUUCAAGAAAGAUGUGUAAAUCUUGCACCUACUCACCUACACUAAGUGAAGUGUGAAUGAUACCAGGGAUACAGGGACUUGUACAUAUUUGUCUUGGUGUAAUCAGACAUGCUCAUUGCUCGUGUUCUAUAGCAGACUCAGACUUGUUUCUAUUAGUGCAUACAAGCCACAGCCGCCCUGUUGGAACUGACUGAAAAAAACUUUUUUUCCCAUAGUGACAAGGUGCUCAGCUAUUCCUCUUGUGAUGGAGCUUGUGUGACCUUACCCUUUGAUGUGAAGUGCCAGGAUGUAUAGUGCUGUGAACAUGAGCCAUUGGCGUUUGUCCUUUACUGGUUAACAUGGUUCAGUGAGACAUGCUGUUCUGUUACUGUGGCAGCAGGGGUUGGUCUUCCAUCAGUAAUCGUUAGCUAUAAAGAUUGUUACCAUGCCGUACUUUCUGUCCAGACCACCGUGCACGUGCAGUGCUGUGACGUGUCUUCUUCUAUACUCUGUGAACAUUUAAACCUGAAGUCUUAUUCCAUGGUACAGAGCCUUCGGUCAUUCAUUUUUUCCAGCUGAAUUAUUGUAAAUAUCUAACUUGAAAUAAAUUUGUGGAAUCUUAAAA